CGCGGAGCGGAGGGCGGGGGGCCUCGGGCGCUCGCCGGAGCACAGGACUCCCCCGCUCCCGGCUCGGCGGCUCUUGAUGGCGUCUCACCAGCAGACCCGGAUCCAAGCCUACCUGGAGAGGAACAAGAUCGGGCCCCUGUUCGAGGAAUUGAUGACCAAGCUGAUAACAGAAACACCUGACCAGCCAAUCCCAUUUCUCAUUGACCAUCUUCAGUCUAAACAGGGAAACCGCAGUCAGCUUCAGAGAACACUGUCAGGAUCUGCUGCUCUCUGGGCAGAAAGUGAAACAUCAGAAAAUAAAGGAACAAGAAGAGAUUUCAGAAGUUAUGAUAAACCUUGGCAGGUUAAUGCAAAGAAGCCUAAAAAGUCGAAGAGUGACCUUGCUGUUUCCAACAUUUCUCCACCGUCACCAGAAUCCAAGUCAUUGCCAAGGUCGAUAGAGCAUCCUAAAUGGGACUGGCGGACAAAAACAGAGAGCCGUGAUUUUGAUGAAUUAAAUCAUAUUCUACAGGAGAGUAAGAAGCUGGGGAAAGCCCUUGAGAAUCUCUCUCGCAGCAUUGCUAUUUCUGAUGAACUGGAUAAGGACACAACCAGUUUUAAUGCUCCUCUUCUAAGACCUCGUGUGAUUGGCGAAUGGAUUGGCCGUGAGGAAAAUGAUGCAGAUCCAUUGGCUGCUGAAAUGUUGCAACCACCCAUACCAAGAAGUAAAAAUGAACAGUGGGACAGUGAGGAUAGCAACAGCAGUCCUGGAGGAAGCUUAAAGAUGGAGCCGAAGACCAAAGGAUUAAAACAACAACAGCAGCAACAUAAGAAGCUACUGGCUGCUAUGCUUUCCCAGGACUCCUUUGAUUCUGUUCAAAGUACAGCUCCUUCAGUGACAGAGGAAGAUAUUGACAAUGAGGAUGAUGCAAUGGAACUGCUGGAGGAUCUUGAUGAUUUAAGAAUGGAAGGAGUAACCAGUUUGAUGUCUUCUGGGAGCAAAUUUAACCAAACUCGAAGUGCACAUCCUGUUGAACCUCAGGCAAAGGUCACACUGAACAUCUGCGCAAGGUGUGCCAGACUGCAAGGAGAUAACUUAGCGGAACAGGCGGAGGAUGUCUCGCUCGUGUCUCUGGCUCCUGAGCAAACGCUGCUUGACUCUGAUGCUUCAGUGCCUGGAGUGGAAACACAGAUGGAAGAUACUAAUGACUUUGAAAGUGCAUCUCAAGUGAUGGGACCUCAUCAACCAGCAUGGGACCUGGACAUCCUGUGCAUCAGAAAUGGAGGUUCCCCAAGCCAGAAACUCUUAAAAGAUUCCUUAGCAGCUAAAGAAUUACAGACCAUGGAAAAACACCUGGCUGACAUUGAAAAGGACUUAGCACUCUGGGAAGAAGCAAGGCUGUCAAGGAGCCCUAGUAGUCAACCUACUAGUUUAGUUACUUCAGAUCAUCAAGGAAACCGUCAAGCCACACCAAGCCAAAAUUCAAGGCCUCAAGUGCCAACCCAACCUGGGAAAAAUAUUCAACUCCAGCUGCAAGGAAAUAAAUCACCACCACUACCUAAUAACAGCAGAACCCAGGUCUGCAGUAUCUCAAACAGUAGGCCUCAGACUCCCAACAUGCAGACCAACAGGCAUCCAACUCCAUCAACAGGAAACAGACCUGUGACUCCGAAUAGUUUGCUGUCCCGACCUCUAACACCUAGCAACCAGGAAAAUAAGGAAGGAAUCAUUAGUAUGCAAAGAAACAGGUCUUUAACAUCUAAGAGCCAAAUGGGGAGGACCCUUGGAACUCCUUCAGGGCUAGCUGUCCAAAUGAGUGGAGACAUUGUUGGAACUGUCACUCAGAGAAGCAGUAUAUCAGAAGAUGAAUUCUUACAACAACUUCAGCUUGUCCACCAACCCUGGAUAUUGCCAAGUGACACAGAGAGUGAAGGAGUGGAAGCUGAUCAAGAUAAAUUUGCCUGGGGACUGCGCUUAGCUGUGCCAAACCUAUUUAUUUCAGAAGAAAAACACAAAUAUAAAAUUCAGUGAUAUUGCAAUUCUGAGUGGGCUAUAAUCAUGCUUAAUUUACUUAAAUGUAAGUUAUUUCAUAACAUUUGUUAAAUGAUUCAUCUAAAAAACUGUUUAAUCUAAAAGCACAUUUUUCAAGAGAAGUACAUCAGGAUUAUUAUUCUUAUAAACUCUAAAAAGAAAUGGAACUAAAAUGUUCUACUAAUUUAUAUCAGCUUAAAUCACUAAUAGUUUGAAGGGUCAGCAAAUGUUGCUAAACUGUUCAUAAAAAUGCAUCUAGU